ACAGCUGUCAUAGAAAUCAUGUUUCUUUUCUUCAUUUCCUGUGAGGUCAUGAUGAAGAGUCAGGUAGCGCUCCUUUGUGUCCUGAUCAUUAUGAGUGAAGGAUCAGCAAAAAGCCUGAAAGCCCGCCGGAGCGUUUUCUUCUCAGAUAUUAACUUGAAGCUGUUUAAGGAGCCAGACUUUGAUGGUUUGAGCUCCCUGCUGGUUAGAGAAGACAUCGGUCUGCUCUUCAUCGGAGCCAGAGGAAAGGUCAUCACGCUCAAUUUGGAUGACAUCACUGAAAAGACCAGCGAGAUUAACUGGACGGUGAGCUCUGAAGACAAAUCCCAGUGCCAGAAUAAAGGCAAGAGUAUCGAGGAAUGUGACAACUACAUCACAAUGAUGCACACUCUGAGUGAUGGCAGAAUACUGGUUUGUGGAACCAGAGCAUUCGACCCUACCUGCACACACCUGAUAGUCGACGAAGAAAACGUCACCAUGGAAGACACAACUCAGAGUGGCAGAGGGAAAAUUCCCUUUGACCCCAAAGAAAAAUUUGCCUCCAUGAUGAAUGGAAACACUUUAUAUACCGCUGGCUCCUUAAACUUCCUGGGAACAAGAAUGGCUUUCCAAAAACAUGCACAGAAUCUGAUCAAGAAUGAAGAUGGAUUCAUUUGGUUCUUUGAGCCCACCAUAAUUUCCAUGCACAUGGCUGAAAUAAACAAAAGUUCAGAGAACAAUGAGGACGACAACGUGUUCUUGUUCCUCAUCGAGAACGGUAUUGAAGAACCACGCAACCUGCGGCUGUCGAGAGUUGCACGAGUGUGUAAAAGUGACGUGGGAGGAAUGAGAAUGUUGCGGAGAAAGUGGACCUCUUUCCUGAAAGUCCGUCUGGACUGCCCGUUCGGAGACAUAGGCUCUCCCUCUCUGGUGCAGGACGUCUUUCUUCUACGAGAUGAAAAUAAUUUAACGAACAGCGUCUUCUACGCAACAUUCAUCCUAAACCCGGAGCCAUCCAGUACCUGCAGUCAGUCCGCUGUCUGCGCCUACAAGCUGUCAGACAUCAGGCAAGUUUUCAGGGGGAACUUUAUGACUGAGACUGCUUAUGGCACCUGGUGUAUUAAUGAUGAAAUGCGAGCCAGUGGUGUGAAGACCUCUUAUGACCUCCCAGACUCAACCCUGCAGUUUCUGAAGAACCAUCCUCUGAUGGAGGGAGCGGUGACGCCACUCACUGGGAAGCCCCUGCUGGUUCGGUCUAUGGCCCAGUUCUCCAAAAUUGUUGUUGACAAAGUAACCUCUCUGGAUGGAGAGCAGCACAACGUCAUGUUUAUUAGCAACAACUCUGGUUGGCUGCAGAAGGCGGUGUGGUCUGGUGAUGAUGGAGGGCGAAUCAUUGAGGAGUUGCAGCUGUUUCAGGAUCCUCAGCCCAUUCGCUUCCUUCAGCUCUCUAGAAGAGGUCAGCUGUACAGCGCAACUAGAACUGCUGUUGCUCAGCUCAGUGUGAGGGACUGCAGCCGCUACACAUCCUGUGCUGACUGCCUUAUAGCCAGAGAUCCAUACUGUGGCUGGGACCACCUCAAAGGCCUGUGUGCUGCUGUUGCUGGUGCUUCAAACUUCUCCAUGAUCCAGAACCUUAUUGAUGGUGAUGCUACAAUGUGCCCAAGCUCUCAUUUAUCAAUGCAGAUUACCGACAUCCACCUCACAGCUGACGUCGCACAGUUCCUCCCCUGCUUCCCUGAUGCCAAUCUCCCCAUCAGCUGGAGCUUCUCUGGUAAAAUCCUUGAGCCCGGUCCCCGACACAUUCUGCUCAGCCAGGGACUCGUUUUAACACCUUCCUUCACUGAUGAAGGCCUUUACACCUGUGAGACAGUGGAAGUAGUUAAAGGCAGAGAGCACAAGAAGGCGGUGAUCCAGUACAACGUUAAAGUUUCAGAGGGUGGGGUAAACUGGCUUCAGGCUAUAGUUAUCUCUUUUUUAGCUGUUUUUUGUGUCCUGUGUCUAAUGCUCAUCAUCUCCGUAUGCUGGAAGAAGAAAUCUCGAAACCGUGUUGGCACUACCAGUGUGAGUUAUGAUAGCACUGAGCAACCAGAGUGGAAGACAGAGUCCUGCAGCUGUGAGAGUGAUCCUGAUACUAAGAAAACCAUACCAAAUGGGGUGGAAAAGAGGAAAAAAUCUACAGUAUAAAACAAAUUUAUAGUUUCAUAACAGAACAACCCACUUUUGUUACACUUUGUGCAUCACUGCCAUCAACUCUGUAAAAAUAAAUGACGAAAAUGAUUAAA